AUGUCAUCUCAAUGUCUUCUCACUGCAAGACCCGGAGCUGGGCUUAGUCCCCGGCCCACCUCUGGUUCGUCGCCCCGGCAGAUUUAUGGUUGUGUAUCUUUGGGGAAGAUUCCUAUAGGUGAGACUGCUAGACUAAAACGCUUCCCUAGCACCUCAGCUGGUAAAGAAUCCGCCUGCAAUUCAGGAGACCCUGGUUCUAUUCCUGGGUUGGGAAGGUCCCCUGGAGGGGGGCAUGGCAACCCACUCCAGUAUUCUUGCCUGAAGAAUCCCCAUGGACAAAGGAGCCUUGUCGGCUACAGUCCGUGGGGUCACUAA